AUGGCGCAACCUCGAGCGUGUUUCAUUCUAUGGUUGACUUGCCAUGGAAAACUACCAACAAAAGAUAGAUUAUUGAGACUCGGUAUGCUUGAUAAUAUAACUUGUUGUCUCUAUUCGGAGGAUGAAUCCAUUGAUCAUCUCUUCUUCAUGUGUCCUUUAAUGAAACAUGUUUGGAAGGAAGUUCUGGAUUGGAUACAAGUUCAGCAUUGUCCUAGAGAAUGGAGACAUGAACCGCAGUGGAUAAUAUACCACACUAAAGGGAAAGGUAACAAAACGGUCAUUCUAAAAACUGCAAUUGCUGAGGCAGUUUAUAUGCUAUGGACUAUCAGAAAUGAGAAUUAUUUUUGGAAUAAGGUGCAUGAUAAGGAUAUAGGGAAAUAG